UUUAAAAAUUUGUUUUAAUUGUUAUUUCGUACCAGUUCAUAAGAUAUUCAAUUUAAAAAUUUUGAAAAUGCAUAUUCAAAUAACAGCAUUUACCAUUUGUCAUUUGUUCAUCACUUCAUUAGCGGUGCCACAAAAAGACGAAGAAAAAUUAAAUUCAUCUACAGGUGAUGUUGCACAAAAAAAUGUAUAUAUAGAUUUGAAAGAACUAUUCAAUAAUGUAGUUUCUAAAUUAGAAGAAGACUAUGAAAUAAUAUCACCAAUUAAAAAUAAAUUUCUGAUCAUUUAUAUAGCUAUUCUUGAUGAAAAUUCACUUGAAAACUUAGUUAGACAAUGUAAAGAACUUGGAAAUGAUUUAGACUUCAAUAAAUUUAUGGACAAAUUAAUGCAUUAUAUUACUAAUGAUAUACACAUUACAAUUGACCAAAAUAGAGAUAUCUUUCUGAAGAGUAUGUUCAAAUUCUAUUCAAAUGGGGCUGAAUCUAUUCCCGUAUCAAUAGUUUUAGAUAUGUUAAAUUGCGAAAAAAUUAAAUUAGACAAAGAAGUGUCCAAUGAAAUUAUCGUUUCAACUCGCAGUAAUCAUGAUCAACUAGAUUAUCAGAGUGUAGAAUAUUAUGUAAUUAAUGAUUCAGGAGCAGAAAUUCGAUUUUUCAGAAAUAAUGAAUCCUCAAUUAGAAGCGUAUUUUGAAUUUUUUUUAUAUAAUGUUGAAUUAUGAAAGAUAUAAUUACAGAAAUAAAUAAUUUAUGAAAAUAGA